CACAACACCGCCACCACCCCGCCUCCGCGCCUGCAAUCGAAAACACUGCUUUUCGCGACUUUACUCCCUCCCACCGCGACCGAGGCAGGCGACGACGUAUACGAUAGUGGCUCAUUCCGCCGGAAAUCGCGACCAGAGACGACUUCGGCUUUGUGACGGCUGUCUUACACCCACAUUCAUUGUUCGGCAGGCGCAGAGAGGACACCAUUCUUACCACGGUCGCUUAAGAGGAGGACAAUCGCGAAGGUACAGUGCUAUUGUGCGCGCGACAAUUUCCUUUCUGUAAGAGGCGCGCUCAAGUGUGAGCAUAAGCAGCAAGGAUGGACAAAAUGGCUAUGAAGUUCCGACGGUCGAUCAAGAGCGACAAGCACGACUCGGCGAAACAACCUGUUCCGAUAUCAGUCCAGAACAAGGACGCCAUCGCAAUCGAGCCGCCCAAAAAGGUCAUAAAAGCGAUAUACGAUUACAAUGCGCCCGCCGACUCUGACAUGUAUCUUUCCUUUUCUGCCGGCGACUUCCUGCACGUUCUGAGCCGCGAAAACGAUGCGGACUGGUACGAAGCCUGCAACCCCUUGCGCAAUGCGCGAGGACUGGUUCCAGUGAAAUAUUUCGAGAUUGUUGGAAAGACAGUGCGCGACAGCGGCGACUCCGCGCAAUCCAUAUCCAGUACCACACACGAUAGCGGCUACGCCGAGGGCUCUACCCCACCUGCGCCGAGAAUGAGUACCGUACCGCCAAUGCCGGGCCACCGACCAACCAAGUCUUACAGUGGGAGCAAGGCACCCGGCGGUGUUUAUGGCGUCGUGUCGUACGACUUCCACGCGGAACGACCGGACGAGCUGGAUGCAAAGGAGGGUGAGGCGAUCAUUGUCAUAGCGCAGUCGAAUCCGGAAUGGUUUGUCGCAAAGCCUAUAACUCGCCUAGGAGGACCCGGACUCAUUCCAGUAUCAUUCAUCGAGAUUCGAGACAUGACGACGGGCAAGGCUGUGGAGGAUCCGGUGGCCGCGGUGUCGGCGGCAGGCAUUCCAAAGGUGGAGGAGUGGAAAAAGAUGGCGGCCGAAUACAAGAACAACAGCGUACCUCUCGGCACUGUGUCAAUCUCCGGUAAUCUCGAGCAGGGCAUGGGACGAAUGAGCGUGAACGGACAGAGCGCAUAUGGACAGCAAAGACAUUCUCGGCAGACCAGCAUGUCGCAGCAGAACGUCUUCGCCGCGGUGCGAGCGUCUGUACCGCGAUUCAUCUUUUCGGACGACAAAUUCCACUUCAUCGUGGAGUGCAGGCUGUCAAACGGCUCGCACUGGGAUCUUUCGCGCAUUUACGAGGACUUUUACGAACUGCAAAUUAAUUUGAUCAACGCAUUUCCCGAAGAGGCGAGGACGGCACCGAAUAAACCCCGGAUACUGCCAUACAUGCCAGGACCGGUCAAGUUUGUCACAGACAGCAUCAGCGAGGGACGAAGAGCAAAUCUGGACGAGUACCUCCGCGAUCUGCUAAAGCUGGCACCACACAUCACAAACUCAUCCCUGGUACGGAACUUCUUCGCACCACGGGAAGGCGACUACGAAAUCGAUCCGAACGCAGUGGAUCUCAACGAACACGCCCGACCCUCCGAUCCUCGCGCACGAUACUCCCAAUCCUCGCAAAUAUCCCACCAAACAACCGCUCCCGUUCGGCCAUCGCACCAAUACUCCGCCUCCCAAUCCACAACCCUCAACUCCGCCACUGGACCCUACGCGCACCGCCCUUCUCAAUCUUCCCAAGCCAACGGCUCCUUCACUUCCAGCCAACAAACCCUCCCCGCGCCCGGCGGCGGCACCAGCACGCCCAACGCGCCGGUGAAAGUCAAGGCCUGGUUCGACCGCGAUACGUGCGUCGUCAUCCGCAUGGCGCCGCGGGGACAAUUCACGUACGACGAACUGCACAAGAAAAUCGUGGAGAGGAGGAAGUUGGAGUAUAAGGGUCAGGAUCAGGAUGAUGAGGAUCUGGAUAUUGAGUAUCGGGAUGAGAAGGAUGGGGAGUAUUAUCGAUUGGAAGGGGAUGAGGAUCUGGAUAUCGCCGUGGAGAGGAAUGAGAAGUUGACGUUGGCGGUGAGGGCGGCGGGGUCGUGA